AGUAUGCUAAGCGUCCUAAAUAUCCCCUCGGCCUUUUCUUCAGCAGCAGCGUUUUGGAAACACAGUUCGUAAUCUGUUUAUUUCUGCACAAUUUGGGGAAAAUCCGCCUCCGCAAGCGUCGAAAAUGCUCGCCACAGUCCGCAGACAGCUUAGGAACCACCCAGCUGGCUGAUCCCUUUCGAUGUUCAUCGGUGGCGGAGCAGCCAUGUCCCUGAUGUACCUGCGCCAGCGUCUGGGCUGGAGGAACUGCUCUGAGGGUGGCUGGGAUCGCAAGAACAACCCAGAGCCCUGGAACAAGAUGGCCCCAACGGAUCAGUACAAGUUCUAUGCAGUCAACAUGGACUACAGCAAGCUGAAGAAGCAGGGCCCUGAUUUCUAAACAUCACGUCUCCUGGACCAAAAGCACAAAGAUGAGCUGAUCCGCACAGCCCCAUUUUGGAACUUCCUCCAGGAACCUAAGGGAUUGCAGAGGCUAAAUCCGCACAAUGAUUCAUAUUUAAGUUACCUCAUUGCAUCCCAUUGGCAUUUUAAAACCCUUGUCUCCAGUUUCUUAUUUUCAAUGGUUGUCAAUAAAGUGAAGGAGGCUUUCCUCCUCCAUACAGAGAAAAUUA